AGUGAGAGCCAGGGGGGCGGGCCGGGCGGGCGGUGGCGCGAGCCGACGCGUGGACAGACCUGCGGAGGACGGCUGCUGCCGCGGGCCCCGCCAGCCGCGCGCCGACCCUCUCGCCGGGGCAUGCUUCGGGAUCGCGGGAGCCCGGCAUCUGGGCCGCCCGCUGAGCCCUCGUGGGUCGCUUGCACCCCGGGAAGCCGAGCCCCGGGGAACCCAAGCCCGGCCUUGGGCCGAAACGCUGCAGCGUGCCGGGCGGGGAGGGGGCUGCAGGCCCCAGAUCCGAGGGCAUGGAGCGGCUAGGGGAGAAAGCCAGCCGCCUGCUGGAAAAGUUGAGACUCUCGGACUCCGGUAGCGCCAAGUUCGGCCGCAGAAAGGGCGAAGCGAGCCGGUCUGGGUCUGAUGGGACCCCCGGAGCAGGCAAGGGGCGCCUGAGUGGGUUGGGGGGACCUAGGAAAUCAGGACAUCGAGGAGCUAAUGGGGGGCCUGGAGAUGAGCCUUUGGAGACGGCCAGGGAGCCAGGGUCCCUGGACGCCGAGCGGAACGCACGCGGCUCCUUUGAGGCACAGCGCUUCGAAGGCUCCUUUCCUGGGGGGCCGCCGCCCACUCGAGCCUUGCCUCUACCUCCGUCGUUGCCUCCUGAUUUUCGGCUGGAGACCACGGCCCCGGCUCUCAGCCCUCGCUCCAGCUUCGCCAGUAGCUCGGCCAGCGACGCCAGCAAGCCGUCGAGCCCCCGGGGCAGCCUGCUGCUGGACGGGGCGGGGGCCGGCGGAGCAGGAGGCAGCCGGCCGUGCAGCAAUCGGACCAGCGGCAUCAGCAUGGGCUAUGACCAGCGCCACGGGAGCCCGCUGCCCGCGGGGCCGUGCCUGUUCGGCCUCCCCCUGAAUCCUGCUCCGGCGGGCUACUCCUCUGGAGCGGUUCCGUCCACCUACCCGGAGCUCCAUGCCGCCCUCGACCGACUGUGCGCUCAUCGGCCCGUGGGCUUCGGCUGCCAGGAGAGCCGCCACUCGUACCCCCCAGCCCUGGGCAGUCCCGGAGCUCUAGCCGGAGCUGUAGUGGGAACAGCGGGGCCCUUGGAGAGACGCGGGGCGCAACCCGGACGACACUCAGUCACGGGCUACGGGGACUGCGCCGCGGGGGCCCGUUACCAGGACGAGCUAACAGCAUUGCUGCGCUUGACGGUGGCUACCGGUGGGCGAGAAGCCGGUGCCCGCGGGGAACCCUCGGGGAUUGAGCCGUCGGGUCUGGAGGAGUCUCCUGGACCCUUCGUGCCGGAGGCCUCCCGAGCCCGGAUGCGGGAGCCAGAGGCCAGAGAAGAUUACUUUGGCACCUGUAUCAAGUGCAACAAAGGCAUCUAUGGGCAGAGCAAUGCCUGCCAGGCCCUGGACAGCCUCUACCACACCCAGUGCUUUGUCUGCUGUUCCUGUGGGAGCAGGGACCAGAGAGAGAGAGGAAAAGGCCUGUGUGUGGACUCCAGAGAUAGGCUCCCUUCUCUGCUGCCUCUAGGACGAACUUUGCGCUGCAAGGCCUUCUACAGUGUCAAUGGCUCCGUCUACUGUGAGGAAGAUUAUCUGUUUUCAGGGUUUCAGGAGGCAGCUGAGAAGUGCUGUGUCUGUGGCCACUUGAUUUUAGAGAAGAUCCUGCAGGCCAUGGGGAAAUCCUACCACCCAGGCUGCUUCCGAUGCGUCGUCUGUAACAAGUGCCUGGAUGGCGUCCCCUUCACAGUGGACUUCUCCAACCAGGUGUACUGUGUCACCGACUACCACAAAAAUUACGCCCCCAAAUGUGCGGCCUGUGGACAGCCCAUCCUCCCCUCAGAGGGCUGUGACGACAUCGUAAGGGUGAUAUCCAUGGAUCGCGAUUAUCACUUUGAGUGCUACCACUGUGAGGACUGCCGCAUGCAGCUGAGUGACGAGGAAGGUUGCUGCUGUUUCCCUCUCGAUGGACAUUUGCUCUGCCAUGGCUGUCACAUGCAGCGGCUCAAUGCCCGACAGCCCCCUACCAACUAUGUCUGAGCUGUGCUUCCUGCUGCUGCCAUCAACCCUACGGAGAGUUCUCUAGCCUGCUGAGGCGAGGAAGAGGAAUGCACCCUGCAAUCCUUCUGAGUUCUCUGGGGAGGCCCCAGAGGCCAGAGACCCAAAGAUCCUAACAUUCCAAAUAGGCUGUGGAGGAGGGACCUUCUGAUUGACAGGAGGCUUGGCUGGUCUUCCUUGUGUGCAGUCUGUGCUACGAAAAUGCCUCAUAGCACAUGGGCAGGUUUCAGUACUUCUGAACAUCAGAUUCGGUUGUAUAUUUCCAGUGUAUGUUUCUAUAAAAAUCAAGCAAUGUCCCAGCGCUGGGUCACACGAGAUGGCAUCACAGAAACCACCCCCAGUCCAUUGCACGCUAUACAUAGGGUCGGCCAGGCCUUUCCCACAGUGACCUGUCUUUGUCUGCAUGAAGGGCUGGGAGCCCUGGACUUCAUGAUGAGUCAUUUCUUGGCUGUCUCCCUAAGGACUAGUGCGCUUCCCAUGUGUCUGCUGGGACUGGGAUGGGGACCAGCUCUGGGGGGGCCGGGGGCUGCUGCCUGUGUUGCCUGUUUCUCAGGGACCGGGGAGGCUGAGUGGGGCCUGUUCUUGGCUGCUUUUUUUUCUCAGCUGGGGAAGUAAUGAGCAGGUCUCUGGUGUGACACUUCCUGGGUGGGAUGUCCAGGAAGCUUCAGGCCAGCCCCACGCAGGGUUGAAGUGCACUGAGCCCUCCAGCCCGGCGUAUGUGGGUACAUUUGUGUCUGUGCACCUCCCUCUGGGAGUCCUUUUUUCUCAGGUGACUUUUCCCUUAGUUCUCUAGCAGUAGCUUAUGGUUUGAGGCCCACCUCUUCCCUAGGGAUUGUGCCUUGGACUUCUACAGCCCCACAACUCGGCUUUGGGGAAGCUGGAAAGAACGAAACAGUUGGUCCCAGUCUGCUUCUCUGAAGCUUGAAUUUACCUAAGGCCGGAUGUGGUGAAGUCAGCUCACCUGCUGGCUGCAAGUUCAGUUCAUUUGAUGAGCCGGAUGCCAAGAGCUCCAUCCUCUCUUGAGUGUUUCUGUAGCCGCCUAAAGGUUCUGUCCUCAUUACAUCUAGCAACUCUCAGUGGUUUCCGCCUGUUCACCACGAGUACUUCAGAGUUAUUAGCAACCUGCAUUUAUCAACUUUGUGGCACUUUGUAAGUGAUAAGAUGGCUCCCUGCCUUUAUGCGUGUCUUUUCCUACCUGAUCUACUUUGCUGACACUUAAAAUAAAAAAGUUUAAAUUCUAGUAAUAAAUAACAAUUGGUAUAGA